UUAGUUAAGGCAUAAGCCAGGGCAGGACAAGGGAAAAAAUGAGAGCUCAUUUGCCACAUUUUGGACCUUAAUGGGCAUUACACUGCAUACAAAAACUCAGUUAACAAUCACAGAAAUAAGGCCGACAAGUCUCUUUUUUCCUCUCGAAAAGGAAAGGAGGAUUUUUCCCAUUCUCAGACCUAGUGGAGCAGUUUCCUCUCUGAGGAAAAGCUAAGUAAGAGAGCAGAAGGAGGAGAGUAAGCACACACUGGGGAACUUGUUGUUGUGGAGCUGUAGAGAAGUUGGACACCGAAACUCUGACUCUCUCAGCUGUUUCCCUCAAUCUUUCCUUGGUCAGUUUCAACACUCCUCACAGCAUGAUCAUCACUACAGCAAAGCCAUUUAAUACAUCUACAGAAAGUCAACCAGUGGACAGUACAAACAAAGCAGAGGAUAAUGGCUACUUUGAUGCCAUACUGGGAGUUGUCAUAACAGCAGUGGUGCUGGUUCUGCUGUGCUUGGUCGUGGUGGUGCUCCGGUACAUGUACCGGCACAAAGGCACGUAUCACACUAACGAGGCCAAGGGCACGGAGUAUGCCGAGACAGCCGAUGCUGCGCUAAGAAGUGACCCUGCGUUGCAAGAUGCCAUGGAUGAAAACAAGAAAGAAUACUUCAUCUGAGACAACACCCUCACAAAUAUGUUUCAGUCUGGAGCACAUCAGCUCUAAAAAUGUUUCUUGUUUUUGUUUUGUUUUUUAAACUAAAUGUAUCCAGUUCAUUUGAUGGACGAGUAGUUUAAAACUCUUUGGCAAACUGUCAAGUUUGAUCCAUAUUCUCCAAUUGUUUAAACGUAUAGUGUUUUUGUUUGGAUAAUAAUGACCGAAAUGACUAUGGGGGAGUAAGGUAGUAUUGCAUCAAUAUAUGUGUCGAUAUCAUCAUUCCCCGCCGAAAUUCAAUACUUGCAAUGGAGUGUAUUUGUAAAAACAACACUAUAUGGUAGAAAUGUCAAUAAUACAGUUCUCUUAGAAGACAAUCAAAGCUAGGAUUAUGUAGAGGGGGUGUUGAAAAAUUUGUGCCAUGGCUAUUCAAAAUACUAACCCAGGGCUGUGCAACAAGAGGAAGCUACAGAAUGUUGUACAUUCUGGCUCCAGAAUGUACAACAACAAAACAAACUCUCCAGACAAGUGUAUACAACUGUCUACCUGGAACCAAAGACUGAAGUGUCUGUUAACUAUGCAAAUGAAUCUGAAUCCACAGCACUGUCAUGCUAAAAACCAAAGAAUGAAAUUGCUUUUCAAAAGCGAACAGGGAAAAAUAUGAAACACUGCAAAAGGCACAAAAUUAUGCACCUACAACAAUCCUGAGCCUGCCAGCUAUAGUGCCUUAAACACCAUACAUUCAUGCAGACACAGACAUACACACACACACACACACACACACAUACACACACACACAGAGAGUGACAAGAAAUAAUUAUUUUUACUGCUGACCGGACUCCUAAUAUGUGAUCUAUGUGAGUGUGGCCUAAGCAUAUUCAGUGUCACUGACUGACAUGCUCAGGUCAUACUCAUAAAAUGAACUAAUUAGUCGCUCUGUGCAGCCUUUCUAUUAUGAAACAUUUUGUUUGUCAGUGAACUACUUGUAUACAUGAUGUCCAUUUGCCUGUAUGCCUAAGGCCAAAUUAUCUGGAUAUAUGCAAAAAUUCAACUCUGCUUUAUAUGCUCAAUAUUAUAUUUUUAUGUUCAAUAUUAACAUUUUAGAUGCUUCGAGACAAUCAUAUCUUUUCUUUUUUAGGUUAAUUGGCUGCCUUAAGAACAUCUUGAACAACUUAGGGUGAUGACCUGAAAAGAAAUAUUGACCCAAAGUGUUUAUGGAUCAUGGCUAAGUACUGGAUUCAGACCAACGCUGAAACUGUCCCAUUUUUGCUGAUUACCACUUACUAUUUUGCCACAGCGUGCAAUCAGAGUGCUUUUCAAAGGAUGCAAAACAAUGAGGUAUUUCUGAAUCCUUGCUAACUCAGUCUGGUUCCUUUUGUGACCAUCAGUCACAUUGAUUCAGCCAUUCUGAGACAAAUGUUUGUGAUUUCAAUGUCUCCCUUAAAAAUGCUGUCAAUGGCGUAUGAGUAACCUACGAAUAAUGAUGUCUUUCCCGAUGCCCUCGGGCAGAGCAAGCUUUACACUUAACUGUUAACUUUCUGUUUUGAGUACAAAUUGUAUAAACAAAAGUUAUAUGCAUUUGUCAGUUGUCCGCUGCCAUCAGUGUCUAAAGAUCUUAAUUCUUUGCACAUUUUCAAUUCACCAUUGCUAUAUUUUUAAACAACAACAACAAAAAAAAUGUGCCAGUGCUUGGCAAGUAAAGAUUGCUCAGUCCAAACUGAGCUAAAAUCUUUGUGAAACUGCCUGUGAUUGUCUGUGAAGUCCUUGAGUUGGAAUAAAAUGGUGAAAUACUCAUGAGAUUAA